CGUCGAGCCGCGACCACAACUCCUACCGCAAUGAAGUACCAUAUUUUCCUGGGACUCUUGUCCGUGGCGGCCGCAUAUCCUGGAAUCAUCCACCAGGAGGUCCCACAAAUCGCAGAGACGUUCGAUCACCAAGGCAUCAUUGGUGAAUCGGGACACCACCAUCAGGUCCAACAUGAGCACGCCAAGUCACAUCAAUCCAUCAAAUUCGAGCACUUCCACCCAGUUCCCGUGUACGUCAAGAAAGAGCACAGCCAUCUCCUGAAGCAUCCCCUUGAAAAGGGAAAAUCUGAGCAAAACCUGAAACAAAUCCACCCUGAAACACAACAUAGCCAUGGUGGUGGCUUAGUUUUAGAAGACCACAGGCUAGAUACUGAGCAUCUUGCUAGCCUCGGUCAUGGAGGUUUCGAACAUGGAAGUUUUGAACAAGGAGGUCUUGGACACGGAGGUUUGAGCCAAGGAAGUAUUGAACACGCUGGUCUUCAACAAGGCGGAUAUGAGCAAGGGGGCUACGAGCAAUUCGCCGGAAGCUACGAAGGUGGCGAAGGCUUGAAAGCAUAUGCUGAACAGCAGCCCGAGAUUCAGGGACAAUACUACGCUGAGCAUGCUCAAGCUCUAGGAGGCGAAAGUGGAGAAGGUUACAAAUACGAACACUACAACUAACUGCAUUUAGCUUAAUUCUUGCAGACAUACCUGAGGGGAUAAUCUCCACAUUCUCAAAUAAAUUAAGGAUUACUUCUUGCCUGUUGAUACUGAUAGUAUAGUUAUCAGUAUUUGAGAUGAGCUGGCCUGAGGCUUUGUUGUUAGUAAUGCUUCAAAAUUUUAUCUUAAUGUACCUGAUUUAUUUAUUUAUAAAAAUGUAAAUUGGUAAAACAACCCGUGAAUUCUUUUGGUGAUGUAAUAAUGUGAAAAAGUGUGUAAUCACGUAAAUAAUGACAGUAUGUAUAAUGUAUUGUAUUCUGUAAAUGCGUUUUUAUAGGAGUAGCAUAGGG